AGGCUGCAUUCCGGCUUUCCGCCGCCUUCGUCCGCAGCUACAGCUACCGCGUGUUCUCGCUUUGGUGUGAAUUGGACGGAUCUGGUUCUAAACGGGGAUGGCAGGACAGGCGCCAGUGAAAGUGUACGUUGAGUACUGUGGUGGAUGAGGCUACGCUCCUCGCUAUGAGGCUCUGAAAAAGCAGAUCCUCACACAUGUGCCCAGUGCCAAUGUGACAGGCAAUCCAGGACGUUCUAGGUCCUUUGAAGUCCACAUCAAUGACGUGUUGGUUUUCUCCAAGCUCAACAAGGGCUCCUUCCCUGACUUUGGAGAGGUUGUCGCCCUAGUUUUGGAUGUCAGCCAAGGGAAGCCUGUGCAGCCAGUCACCGGCAUGCAGAAAUCAUAACCAGGCUAUUGCGCGAGCAGCUCAUGCAGCAGUCCCUGCAGAGUGAACUGUCACAUGCUAUGUACGCCAGAAGUUAAAUAGAACAUAGUGCCAUCCAAGUUGGUUGUCACAUGACCCGGUGAGAUUGUGGCAUUUUUUGUCAUGCACAAGCACUGUGGCCCGUAGCACCUCUAAGUUAUAGCUAAGUGAUGUGCCGAUGAACUUGAAUUGCAGAAAUGUGUUCAAUUUUACCUUUGGCUUGCAUAGUGUGUGGGUGUGCACAAGGCAGAAGCUGUUGUGAGGUGCCCCUUGCUGGACAUUUGCACUGCUCGUCGACUGUGCGACUGGUGUCUCGGAUGGCCGCUGUGGGUUUCGGAAGGCGCACUGUAUGAUGGCUUGGCCCCAAAUUCAGGAAAAAGGGCCUGGCUUGAAGAUCCUGCGCGUCCCUACCUGUGGUUGCUUGUUCUUAUGAUGCCAUGCCUGUAUGGUCCUGGCAGAAGUAAAUGUUUAAUUUUCAA